UGUAGGAGAUGUAAAAGGUCAAACAUCAAUAUUUCAGAAAUUUGCGAAAAAGCCAAAUGGCAGCUGGAAGUGAAAGUUCAGUUACAGAUGUGUUAAUCGGCGAAUUUGAAGAAUGGCAAGCAUCAGAAUCUUCAGAGGCAAUAUUUUUGUUAGAAACAAGUACAGAUGAAAAUAAUGACAUUGUGAUGCUGAUGUUAUUGGCUUCAGAACAUGAAUUUAAACUCCAUAUACCAAAAGGUUAUCCAGACUAUGAUGGUACAUUUUCUGUGGAAGCAGACCCUGCAGUCAAGCUAUGGAGCACAGCCUUGAAUGAGUCCCUUGUUGACUUGAAGGACAAGAUAAAACUCUCUGAUUUCCUGAAAAAGGCUGUUGUUUUACAUACCAACAAGAACAAAAGAUCUGAACAAAGACAUAUGUCUAGUGAUGAUGAUAUUAUGGAAGAAGACGAGGAAUCUGAAGAGGAAGAAGAAGAGGAGGAGGAAUGUAUGAUGGCUGACGAUGAUGCUUUCACAACAGAAUGGGAUUUAAAGGUUGCCAGAAAGAAGAAACGGUGGGCUCAGAAAGAGGCAGAAAUAAGAGACCAGAUGAAAAAGGCAAAGCUUUCGCAAGGAGCCAGUAGUAUGGAUAAAAAACCAGCAGAGAACAUAUUUACCAGCAAUGCUGCAGCAGGGAUAUUAACCAAUGAUCUUGUCAGAAUCAUGGAAGAAGAACAGGAAUUAAGUUUUACAGCAGAGCCUAUAGAAGAUAAUAUAUACAACUGGAGAGUUAAAAUCUUUCAUUUUGAUGCUGAAUGUGGUUUAGCUGAUGAUCUCCAGCAGAUUCAGUCCAAAUUUGGAUACAAUUAUAUAGAAUUAGAAAUGACAUUUGAAAUAGAUUUGUAUCCAUUUUAUCCACCUCUAGUCAAAGUGAUGAGGCCAAGACUUCAGUGUUCAAUGAUGCAAAGAGUAACUAAUAUGGAGAUGUUGAAAUUGUCUUACUGGAUCCCUACAAAGGAUAUGAAAUCUGUCAUACAGGAUAUCAAAACAUUUCUUCAGCAAUGGGCCAGGUUAGAAGUAAACAGUCCAAGGAAUGAUUUACUGAAAUACCCAUAUGGAGCAUAUGUUGAAAUAGAACAUCAUCUCUUAACACUUGCUCUGGUGAGCGAAGUGAAUCCACGUGUUAAUUACCUGUAUGAUAUGGAUAUCAGUCAGCUGACAGAACAGAGAACCAACAAGCCUAACACACCACCUGAUAAGUCAGGAGGACCUGCUGGCAAAAAUAAACCAGAGUACUGGGCAAAAGGUACAGGGUAUGGACAUCAUUAUAGAUCAGAAUGGGAUAUAAAUGCUUAUAUAGCAGCACAGAAAGAAAAGGAUAAUAAGGUAGAAACUGUUUUACACAAGAUUCUAGAAGAACUAAAAUUAUUAUAUACAAAUCAUGCACCACAGUUAAAACCUCGAACAUUAGGAAGUCAACCAGAGCCAGACACAGGUCAGACCGCAGUUAUAGACCCUGUUGAGGAUAUGUUUACUGUGUUGGAUGGUUCAGCCUUGAUACCAUUCAUUGAGCAAUAUCUAACAGCUGAUUCCUUCCUAGAAAUUUGUAGACAUUCAGUUGUUUAUAGAGUUAUAAUAGAUAUAAUAAAGGAAAUAGCUCGACAGAAACAGUUACUGCCAUUACUUGUAUCUUUACCUAAUCAACAGCUGUCUGUCUACAAGUUGCUAGAACAACUUGAAAAGAAGGCAUCAAUGAUGUUAAAGCAUCUAUGUAAAGCUGGUAAUGGCAGUAUACCAACAUCCCAUCAAUCAUGGGAUGAUCCACCAGAGACCUCGGCCUUUGGUCUCAUACCAAAAUGUUUUGGUCGAUGUAGAGAAAGUAGUUCACAUAGUUCCUCUUCUGAUUCAGAUGGAGAAGAAGAAAAAAUUGCAAGGGAAAUGGUUUCGUUAUUUAACAACGUUAAAGAUACUUUAGAGAGGAACAAUUUACUUGGUAACAGAAAUAAUAGUAAUGAUAAUGAUCAGACCAUAUAUGGAGAACAGAUUCCUCCCUAUGAUGUUCUUAAUACUAAAUGUGAUGCAGAAUUAGAAGUGCAAUAUAAACAAGUUUUAAAGAGCAUGCAAUUUGGUAGUUCUGAUUUGCCAUUGGAGGGAAACAUAGGCCACCAUUAUGCAAAUCCUUACAAGUCACAUCAAGCUGGAGGUCAGAAACAGAUAUUCAGAAUAGCCCAGGAGUUAACAUCUUUAUCAUCAAGUUUACCACUAAAUCUGUCUUCAUCUAUAUUUGUCAGAACAGAUGAUGAAAAGAUAACUUUAAUGAGAGCAUUAAUUACAGGGCCGGAAGGAACCCCUUAUUCUGGUGGAUGUUUCCUGUUUGACAUAUAUUUCCCUCCUGCCUACCCACGAUGCCCUCCACAAGUUAACCUUCACACGACAGGAAGUGGAAAAGUCAGAUUUAACCCAAAUUUGUAUGCAUGUGGAAAAGUGUGUCUUUCAUUACUUGGAACUUGGGAGGGACAGAAGGGGGAACAGUGGAACGAAAAAACCUCAACUGUUCUACAGAUUCUGGUUUCUAUACAGUCCCUGAUAUUAGUUCCUGAUCCUUACUUUAAUGAACCAGGUUUUGAACAAGAAAUAGGUACAGAAACAGGACAGAAACACAGUGAUGAAUAUAACGAAGAUGUAUGCUACAACAAUAUAAAAUAUGCAAUGAUAGGAAAUUUACAGAACCCACCACCAGAGUUUUCAGAAGUGAUCAAAGCCCAUUUCUAUAUGAAGAAAGAUAAAAUGAUAAAGGAAGUUCAAGGUUGGGUUGACAAACAUGACAAUCGUCGACUAACUAGGAUGUUUCAAAAUUUAAAACAGGAACUUAAAAAGUUACAACCACCACAGAUUCAUAAUACUGCAGUGUCAUGAUGAAUGUAUAGGGAGUGGAUAGAUCUCAUUGUGUAUCUCACCAGUCAUGUAAAGGAAGUCAUUCAGAUCCCAUGCUGUAUCUGUAUUGUUAGUUAUCGCUUCUUUUACAGAAAUAUUCUAGUGCUACAUAGGUUUAAUACAGCUGUUAAGCAGUUAAGUGCUCCAAUGAUUCAUAUCACAAAUGUUUACUCAUUAUGAUUCAUACUGGUAAUUACAUGCCUAUUCUAGUGUGGAGAUAGAUACUGGAAAAUCUGAUAUGGUAAAAAGGAAUGCACUUAGAGAAAUCGUAGCGAAAGAAAAUAAAAUUACCAUAUUAAACUACUAGAAAAAGUAAAUUCUGUGAUAUAAAUAAUUUUGUAGAAUUUAUAGUCAACUAUUAUAUAUAGUGAGACCUGUCUAAUCAGAACCUUGAAUAAAAUGGAAACUUGUCUAAACUGACCAUUGAAUCAUGACAUAGUGGAUGUUCCUUAUGUUUGUAAAACAAGCACAUGUAUAAUCCAGGAGUCGGUUUCACAAAAAAACUAACGACUAAGAUUGAUCGUAAGUAUACUGAAUUGUUCAUGACUUACGAUCAAUCUUAGUUGCAAGUUUUUUGGUGAAACCGACUCCAGGUGUUCAGUUUUAAUAGGUUUCACUAUAUAUUAUUAUCUUUUGUUACCUGACAAAAUACAGCUUUAUGUGAAAGCUAAACUUGCCAUUUAUAUCAUUUUACCAUCGAAUUUGUCUUUAUAUACAUAUAAGCUUUUGGUGCUCCAUCUUACUUUUCAUUGCCAAAAUAAACUUUGAUUGAACAAUAGGUUUUAAGGCCCAGCUGUAGCAAAAACGAAGCAUAUAAAUUUACUUUUUUCUGUCCGUCCAUAUUGAUACGGCAAAGUUUUUCAUUUAACAUGAAUAAAAGAUAUUUGGGUAUACACCAGUUGGACAGCAACCCAACAACACAAAACUGAAAAUUUCUCAGAGACCUAUUUUAUUAUAAUCAAAUGAUAUUUGACCACUGAAGGUUUUUUGCAACACUGUUAAGCAACUAUUGGGUCACUACGACCUACAUAUAAUGCUUAAGUGACUUUAGUUAAGUUUGCAUUUAGGUCAAUUUCUUGGAAAUAUAUGAUUAUAUCUCAUUGAUCUUUAAACAACUAUAAUCUUCUGCUACAGAAGAAUGCUGUUCAACAGGAUUUUGUCACUUUGACCUAAAUUUCAUGCUAGAGUGACUUGUUAAUGUUUUUUGCUAGAGUAACUGGUGUUAAAGUUACAAGCUCUUUCCAUAAAUCUAUGGUAAUGGAUAAAUGAUACUUCAUCCCCUUAGACUUUUAGUAUAAUGCUUAACUAAAUUUCAUAUUUUAGUUACUAUGGUGUAGUUCUUUUUGCUUAUGUCCAAUUUUCUGGAAACCUAUGGUAAUUUAUUAAUGAUAUUUUACCACUAGUCAUCUGUUUUAUUCAACACUGUGCAGCUACAUUGUAAUCACUGUAAUUAACAUUUUUUCUCGUACUUUUUUUUCAUAGCUUGACAUACAUAUCUUACAAAAACUUCAUCCAAUUGUAUAAUUUUGAGUUUCUAUAAUUUGCUUUACUUGGCAGUUCUGAUUUUUCACAUAGCAUUCCAGGUCUUAAUACAUAUAAUAAGAUGUAAACAUAGUGCUGUUUGGAUUUUAUAAUAUCUGUUUGUUGAUUUAUUUUAUGUGUUGUUAAAUUUGCAUAUAUGACAAAAAAAUUAACAGUUCAGCCUUUCAUAUCAGAAUCUAUAACCUUUUGUUAAACAAGUAUUUUAUUUAAAAAUAUCUCAAUUUAUUUCAUAAUGUACUAGAAAGAUUGAUCGAGUUACAAAAUUGUUCUAUCUAUUGGUUUUGAAUCCUAAGCAAAUUAAAACCAAAAGGAAGAAAGAUUUACAAUUACAGUAGUUGAAUUUGAAAUAUAACUCCCAACUCUUAUAAAAGAUUUAUAAGAUUUUUCUAUUUACCAACCAAAAUUCCUUGUAUUUAAAAGAGUUAAACUGAUUUGAAAAAUGACAAAGUUAAUUUUAUGUUAUUUGAAGUUUGUUUUUAACAGAAUAGUGUAAAGUGGAAUAUUUUCUAGAGAGAUUUGUUUUCACUAAUUUUGUGAAAAUUAAAAUUUUGAAAUAAUCUCUUUGGAAACUUUGAUCUUUAAGGAAGAUCAAAUUUAGGGACAAGAAAAAUGCACAAAGAAAACCUAGCAAUAAUUUGUCAUGUCAAAUCACCAUCUUCUUGUCCUGUUGUAUUAAUACCUAUGCAUUUUUGACCUCAAUUCAUGGUUCAGCUAUCUUAUCAGGUCAGUUUCCUCAAUGCAUUUACUACAUUUAAAAAAAAGAAAAAGAAACAAAAGCGGCAUUAAAUCAUUAGAAAUAUUAAAUUUAAAUGUCUAUUUUAGUUAUUUCAUUUCUUUUUUUAUUUAUUUAGUUAUAAGCAUAAUACAUACUGUGAAAUUUUGUUUUUGUCAAGCAUAAUACAUGCAACUUAGAAUCAGAUUGAUUUCAUUUGCUUUGGUAUGUUAUCUGACAAGGUAUUUAAACAAGGAGUUUGUUUAUAAUGUUAUACAUUGUUUUGUUUUGUUUGUUUACAAGUAUUAAUUCUUGAAGAAUGCUGCAUAUUUGGUAAACAAUAAAUAACUGUUUGUUACCACAAAAUAUAUGAAAAAUUGUACUGUAGACAUUAAAGGCUUUAAAAGUCAACAAGUAGAUUUUGCCCCACUACUUAUUACUUAACCACCUGCAAAUAAAGGCAUUUUGCAAGUCCACACAGGGUGUGUAAAUAAGGCAUUUGCAAACUUUUGUUUUUGAUUUUGUUGCAAAGCUGGUCAGAGAUGUUACUAUGAUUAAUUUUAUUGUAUCUCUUCAUUUAAAGUUAUGAAAUGUUUUGUAUGAGUUGGAUAUACUUUGAUAUCAGUUAAAAUAGCCAAUACAAUGAGGCUGUCCUUACGUACAUUCUUAAAUUUUGGCAUUGUUUUCUUAUUGCGAAGGGAUAGUUGUUACAAAAAUAAAAAUUUGCAUUAUUUAUAUACAAAAGUUCCUGAAAUCACAAUGAUUAAUAGUCUAUUUCUCAAUUUGCAUUGGCCUUACUAGUAGUGAAUUUUUAAUAUAAUGGCCUGACUUAUAAUUAUAGGGCAUUGCAGGUUUUUUUUAUUGGAAAUGUCAUGAAUUUAUUAUUUGAUUUCAAUGAUUCCUGUCCAUAUUUGCAUCAACUGUUUUAUUUAAGUUCUUUUUAUACGACCGCAAAAAAUUUUGCUGUCGUAUAUUGGUAUCACGUCGUCGUCUGCGUCGUCCGAAGACAUUUGGUUUCCGGACAAUAACUUUAGUAUAUGUGAAUAGAAAUCUAUGAAAUUUAAACACAAGGUUUAUAACCACCAAAGAUAGGUUGGGAUUGAUUUUGGGGGUUAUGGUCCUAAAAGUUUAGGAAUUAAGGGCCAAAAAGGGGCCCAAAUAAGCAUUUUUCUAGUUUCCAGACAAUAACUUGUGGAAAGGUGUAUGGAUCUUUCUGAAAUUAGACCACAAGUUUCCAUACCACAAAGGGAUGGUUAGGAUUGGCUUUGGGGGGUUAUGGCUCAAACCGUUUAGGAAUAAGGGGCAAAAAAGGGUGAAAAACAAGGGUUUCCUGGUUAAUGUACAAUUACUUAAAAGUACAAUGUUAUGUUUGGAUUACCUCCCUAACACUGCUUUUAAAUUAUGUAAAAGAAAUGUUGUAUUGUCUUUAGGUGAUUAGCUGUCAAUUUAUUUUUAGAAGUUACUAUUAAAAAUGCUGAUUAAGGAAUAUUAAUUUUAGCCAUGAUUAUGUAUGUCAUUUUCUAUUUCAAGACUUUUAUGAUGUAUUUAAAUGGGUAAUUAUGGUUAAAUUGAAUAUAAAUUCAAAUCAUAUAACCAAUUCUAAGUUCUUUGACUACAGUUAUUCUGUGUCAGAAACCUAUUAUGUGUCAAAUAUUUAAUUACAAUCCAAAUUCAGACCUGUAUCAAGUGCGAAUAUUGUGUCAAUUUUUGCCCCAACUGUUCAGGGUUGGACCUCUGCGGUUGUAUCCAGCUGCGCUCGGCGAAGCAAUUUAUUAAUUCUUGGAUUUGGAGAAAGUCUAUAUGUUUGGCUUUCUUCAUAUAUUCUAAGAUGUAAAAAGGGCAUUUUAAACAUUAAUUCAAAAGUAUGACAGAAAAUGCCAUGACAAAGAGAAGAACAGACAAAACCAAUCCACAAAAUACUACACAGAAAAUUAAGCAAUAGGAACCCCACAAAAAACUAAAAUGACCAUAUACACUGUAAAUAAAUCAUGUUUUUUUCUAUCAAGGUUUUUUGCUACCCAGUAGAAAAUGAUUAGUGCAUUGCAUAUGAAAUUGCACUGCAGCCAUUUUUGUACUUAAGAACUAUUGUAUGCAGGAAAGUGCUAUUUUACUAAAAAAAUAUUUGUUCAGAGUGAAAGAUUGGAUCACAUUUCUCAAAAAAAUUUAAGGAUGUGUUCAAAAGAUAAUGUAUUACUAAAUGAAAAGAGAAAUGUUGAUGGAAGUGAAUGUAAUAUUUAUAUUUUACCAGAUAGGUUAUUGUUGAUUUAAUGUUGUGAAAUUCAUUUUAAAUAAAAAAGAAUGUAACAUU